AUGAUGUUCUGGUCAUCAAGGACAGGUAUCACAUCAAAGUACUCGUUCUCAUCAUCACCAACUUUUACUGCUGAACCAUGGAGUGUUUACACCGGCCGUCUCAAAUCGUCGUCUUCAUCUUCGCCUUCUAAAGUAUCGAUAUUCAUGUUCGACAAGAAGCAGUUCGAGAAUUAUUUGUUGCAUUACAGCAUCAUUAAAUCUAAAUCUGGAUCUAAAGAUAAGAUGCUAAUUCAAGAAGCUUAUGAAAUAUUGAGAAAUCAGGCCAAUAAUUUGGCUAAGCUCAAACACCCAAAUAUCCUGACGCUAAUUGAACCGUUAGAAGAACAUAGUAAGAAUUUUAUGUUUGUCACCGAGUUCGUCGCCGGUUCACUGGAGACGGUAUUCAGAGAAAUUGACGAUGAAGAGCAGAAUUUCUUACAAGGCCAUGUCAAGGAUAACAUUGUGGUUCAAAGGGGUAUACUGCAAGUAGUAAAUGCCCUUGAUUUCAUUCAUAACCGCGCAAGCUGCGUGCACUUGAAUAUCCAACCUAGAGCAAUUUUUAUAAAUGAAAAUUCAGACUGGAAAAUUUCUGGUUUGGGCCACCUAAUGAAAAUACCACCGGGCACAAACACCUCUGAGUAUUUCCUACCACAAUAUGACCCGAGAGUUCCUUCAUUUAUGCAUUUGCAGUUGAAUUAUACUGCCCCAGAAAUUGUAUUUGAAAGCACCUUAGCCUACAGAAAUGAUUAUUAUUCGUUGGGCCUGUUAAUAUAUUUCCUGUACAGUGGUAAAGACUUAUUUCGAAGCGAAAAUUCUACCACCGAAUAUAAAUCGGAAUACAACAAAUUCCAAAACAAAAUUAGUACCAUGUCAUGGGAUAAUAUAUUCAGUAAGAUCCCACCGAGGCUGAGACAUUGUAUGCCAAAGCUGAUGAAUAGAGAUAUUUAUUCCAGGUACGAUAACAUAACGCUAAUUUUAUCCUCUGACUUUUUUCAGGACCCAUUAAUCAAGACUCUGAAUUUUCUAGACGAUUUGCCAACGAAGAAUAAUGAAGAAAAAUACGUAUUCUUGGAGGGUCUGAUAAAUUUGCUACCGGAAUUCCCGUCGGCAUUAUUACAAAAGAAAUUUCUUCCCAUACUAUUAGAGUUAUUAAGCCAGUUUUGUGCAGAAAAGAUAGUAAAUGAUAAAUGCGUCAACAAAAACCUAGAUUUGAUAAUCAAGAUAGGGUCCACUUUGUCUCAGCUGUCUUUCCAAGAGAAAAUAUAUCCGGUUUUAUUAAGUGAUACGAACUUCCCGAUCUUGCUAGGAAAGGCCACUAUUUGCCUGAUUGAUAAUUUAGAUACGUUGAAGCAAAAAGUUAAACGUUCCGAUUUCUUGGAAAACAUACUAAAGCCGUUAUUUAGUUAUGUCUUACAUGAUUCAGAAAGUGAUAUUACCGUGAUAUCUCAAGAGAAACUUUUAUUACAAAUUUCAUUAGCUUUAGAAGUGCUUGAUUUUCCUACAGUGAAACAAUUCUUGUUACCAUUACUCUCUGGACUGUUUACCAAGACCACAAGUUUAACGGUGAAAAACACAUGUCUGGCAUGUUUCCAAAUCAUGAUAGAGCACAAAUCCAUUGAUUCUUAUACAUGUUCAGAAACUAUUUUACCUUUGUUCAAAUCAAUGAAGACAAGAGAUCCAAGAAUUCUAUCCAGGUUACUAAAGCUUUUUGAAACCGUUCCGCUGAUCAUCAGUGAUGAGAUGAUCCUCGUUGACCAAGUAUUACCUUUGAUGUGGAAUUACUCCAUGGCUUCUACGCUAACAAAGUCGCAGUAUUCCGGAUAUACAAAUGCCAUAAAUAAAAUGUCGUCCGAUAUUCAGAAGCAUCAUAUUGCCAAAUUAAGUGAUAGAACCAAUGAUGACGACGAAGAUGCCUUCCACAAAGUUAUUGAACCAGCAGUUGUUAAGAAAGAGGACCCGGAGACAGUUGCAGCUAAGAACAUUGAAGUAGCGGCCAUGAAACCGAUUAGAAAAACAACUCUGCCCUCAUAUAAAAGUCCAUCCUCGCCAUCCAAGAACGUUUCAAGUUCCAAACCUUUGGAUCCUAAAGGUGUCUUGGCCACUAGGGGCUUUCCAAUGAGAACAUUAAACCCUCCGCCACGGACUACAUCAAAUCAGACUGAUACUAAGGUCAUAAGAGAAGCUGCCUCCAAUGGACGGUCCCAAACUAAAAUUGACGAUGAGUUCAAUGAAUUUCAAUCCUUCUCAAGCACAGGAAGUGUGCGUCAAAGUCCCGCAUCAUCCAACGUCUGGACGAACACAAGUAUCAGUCCCGCUCCCACAUCUACAAGCAAUAAUAAUCUGCCACCGGGGUUUUCAAUUUCAUUGCAACCAAACAAGAAAAAGGAAGGCUUUACUGAAAACCGCGCUAAUAACUCCUACGGAUCUUUGAUAUAG